CGAGUUCACAACGUAAUAUAACAACAAACUUAUUGGUUGGCAUUCAGUGAUUGAAGUGAUGUCGCUGAAAGUGGUAGUUUUUAGAGUGUUGAUCUGCGCGGUAGCAGGGUACGCCUCUCGGAGGUUCCCAGCCGGCUUUAAGUUCGGAGCUGCGACUUCCUCGUAUCAGAUAGAGGGAGCAUGGAACGUGAGUGGCAAAAGCGAAAGUAUAUGGGAUAGAUUGACGCAUUCAAAACCGAGUAUAAUAACAGAUGGCGCCACUGGAGAUGUUGCUUGCAACUCUUAUUACAACUGGGAAGAUGAUAUUAAUAUUGCUGCAGAACUAGGUCUACAUUUCUAUAGGUUUUCCUUAUCAUGGCCCCGCCUGUUACCAACCAGUUUUAUUGACAAGAUCAGUGCAGACGCAAUAAAUUACUACAAUGAAUUGAUUGAUGGCCUAAUAAAAAAAGGUAUUGAACCCGUUGUGACGUUAUACCAUUGGGAUUUACCACAGAGAAUACAGGAUCUAGGCGGUUGGGCAAAUCCAUACAUCACUGACUGGUUUGCGGAUUACGCUAGGGUUGCUUACAAGUUAUUUGGUGAUCGUGUGAAGACCUGGAUAACGGUCAAUGAACCCUUGGUAGCGUGUGAUAUAGCAUAUAAUACCGGUUUCUUUGCCCCGGGUAUAAAAGAUCCGGAAUUUGGCAAUUAUCUCUGUGGUAAAAAUAUGCUGCUUGCUCAUGCUAAAGCCUGGAGGGUUUAUGAUGAAGAGUUCAGAUCUAAAUAUCAUGGCAAAGUCGCUUUAACAAAUCAAAUUUUUUGGCACAUGUCAGAGAAUAAGGAAGAUGAAGAAUUAACAGAAAGAAUCAGACAAUACAUGACGGGAAUGUACUCUCAUCCGAUAUACAGUAAAGAUGGAGGCUGGCCGCCGGAAUUGGAGAAGAUAAUAGCAGAGAACAGCAAGAAGCAAGGAUUUGUACGCUCACGACUGCCGCCAUUCAGUAAGGAAGAGAUCGACCUUAUUAAAGGUACUUAUGAUUACUAUGGGAUGAAUUAUUAUACCUCUCGGAUGGUUCGUAAGGCGAAAGAUGGCGAGAGCUUCGGUAGUUGGCCGCUGCAAGAUGGCGCUGUCGAGCUCGGCGCUGUCAUGACUGUCAAACCUGAUUGGAGGAAGGCAGCAUCCAUGUGGUUAUGGUCGUACGCUCCCGGACUACGUCACAAGUUGGUUUGGUUGAAAAAGACAUACGGCGAUGUCGAGAUCUUGAUACUUGAGAACGGAGUGUCUUCAUUUAGUGGACAAUUAGACGAUGAUUUCAGAGUUAAAUAUUACAAGGAUCAUUUAGAACAGUUAUGGCUGGCUAUAACUGAGGACAAAGUGAACGUAACUGCGUACGCGGCUUGGACAAUGAUUGACAACUUCGAAUGGUGCGAUGGAUACAAUGUCAAAUUCGGCCUGUACGAUGUCGACAUGAACGACCCAAAACGUACUCGAACACCUCGAGCGUCCGCGAAAUACUACUCUAAAGUGAUUAGAAGUCAUUCUUUGGAUGUUGACAAAUACAACCCGAAGGCUGAACUGUAUUCUACUGUUUUGUUUUAUCUACCGUUGCCUAUAAUCCUUACAGCGAUCGCCGCCAUGAUGUUUUCAUGUCCAAGAUGGCGGCCAUCGAAAUCGUUUACGGCACGCCAUCGAAUAUUAAUACCGGAUAUGUUUUAGAAUAUUCUUUUUUUUUCAUACUCAGAGAUAGAAUUAGGAUUUAAAAUUUAUUUCGUUAAAUGUAAUGUAAGAGUCAAAUAAUUUUAAGCUAUUUCGUUACAAGAAAAAUACUAGAUUUGUCAAAGAUUGCUAAUAUUUUAAGAGAAUUCCUAGAGUUUAAUCUAGUCUUAUACUUAUUGGUACUUUUAGGGUCUAUUCCACCACUGGCUGAUACGCUCAGAUAGCUUAAAAAUGACGUCACUGUCAGAUAAGAUAACAAAAUCCGAUAUAUCCACAUAUUUUACACCUUGGAUUGUUUGACAAUUUACAAUUUUUGAGACAGGCCCUUAAUCUGCUAAAACUUUACCAUAAAUUAAUAUAUACUUUUGA